AUGGGGGCAAGCAAAAUCGAUGGCAAGGCAAUCGCCCAGAAGAUAAGAGAGCGAUUAGCUACCGAGAUACACCAGAAGCAAAAGGUCAAUCCACGGUACAAGCCGUGCCUGAAGAUUAUUCAAGUUGGAGACCGACCUGAUUCCACCACAUAUGUCCGCAUGAAAUUAAAGGCUGCCGAAGAAGCUGGUAUAGAGUGCGCUUUGGUCCAUCUCCCGGACGACAUCUCCGAGCCUGAGCUCGUGCAGCAACUUACCGAGUUCAACAAUGACCCGUCGAUCCACGGGAUACUUGUCCAAUUGCCUCUGCCUAAGCAUCUUUCGGAGCACACGAUUACCUCUGCCGUACUCGAUGAAAAGGAUGUUGAUGGAUUCGGAGCUACAAACAUCGGAGAACUUGCAAAGAGAGGCGGGAAGCCAUUCUUCGUCCCAUGCACCCCAAAAGGGGUAAUGGUCCUUCUAGAGGAGACCGGCGUGGAGCUCAAAGGUAAAAACGCCGUUGUUCUCGGCCGAAGCGACAUUGUGGGCAGUCCCGUCAGCUACCUUCUGAAGAAUGCAGAUGCUACCGUCACUGUGUGCCAUUCCAAGACGAAAAACGUGAAAGAUGUGGUCAAACAAGCCGAUGUGUUGGUCGCUGCCAUUGGGCAGCCCGCCUUUGUGAAGGGUGACUGGCUGAAGCCCGGGGCUGUAGUCAUCGAUGUCGGCACCAACUACAUUCCUGAUCCUUCCAAGAGCUCAGGCCAGCGACUUGUGGGAGACGUGGAAUUUGAGACUGCAGUAGAGGUUGCCUCCUACAUUACACCAGUGCCUGGGGGUGUUGGUCCUAUGACAGUGGCUAUGCUUAUGCAGAACGUUGUCGACGCUGCCACGACCUACUUUGAAAAACUGAAAGCCAGGCACAUCACGCCGCUACCCAUCAAGCUUCAAAAGCCGGUACCCUCGGACAUUGCCAUCUCGCGUGCACAGCAUCCGAGGCAUAUCACCCAGAUCGCCGGUGAUGUUGGCGUUGCGCCGCAUGAGCUGGAACAGUACGGUCCGUACAAGGGCAAAGUAGAUCUCUCCCUACUGUCAAGGCUCGAGCACCGCAAGAACGGGAAAUAUAUCUUAGUUAGCGGUAUUACUCCGACUCCUUUGGGAGAAGGAAAAUCCACAACUACGAUGGGUCUAACCCAAGCCCUAGGAGCACAUUUGGGCAGGUUGACCUUCGCCAACGUGCGACAGCCAAGUAUGGGUCCGACUUUUGGUAUCAAAGGUGGUGCGGCAGGCGGUGGCUACAGUCAAGUCAUUCCCAUGGAUGAGUUCAACCUCCAUCUGACGGGUGACAUCCACGCCAUUACUGCUGCGAACAAUCUAUUGGCUGCAGCCAUCGAUACACGCAUGUUCCACGAAUCGACUCAGAAGGAUGGGCCUCUCUACAAGAGGUUGGUACCUAGCAAGAAAGGGAAGCGCGAAUUCGCUCCUGUUAUGUUCCGAAGGUUGAAGAAGCUCGGGAUUGACAAGACCAACCCUAACGAUCUGACGGAAGACGAGAUUCGCCGAUUUGCACGGUUGGACAUUGACCCUGACUCCAUCACUUGGAGGAGAGUGCUCGAUGUCAAUGAUAGGCAUCUGCGAGGUAUCACAAUCGGACAGGCUCCUACCGAGAAAGGCCACUCCCGACAGACAGGGUUCGAUAUUUCUGUUGCGAGCGAAUGCAUGGCUAUCCUUGCCUUGAGCAAUGACCUCCGAGACCUUCGCGAACGUCUUGGCCGGAUGGUCAUUGGCUUCUCCAAAGCUGGCGAUCCCGUUACCUGUGAUGAUAUCGGCGCCGGUGGUGCUCUGACUGCUCUGAUGAAGGAUGCCAUCAAGCCAAAUCUCAUGCAGAGUCUGGAAGGAACGCCAGUCUUUGUUCAUGCGGGUCCAUUUGCCAACAUUAGCAUCGGCAACAGCUCUGUCUUGGCCGAUAAGUUGGCUCUGAAGCUUGCUGGGACUGAGCCAGACGAAGACCAUGAAGCCAAAGCUGGAUUUGUGGUCACCGAAGCUGGCUUCGAUUUUACCAUGGGUGGUGAACGGUUCUUCAACAUCAAAUGCAGGUCGUCGGGUCUCGUGCCCGACGUUGUGGUUGUUGUUGCCACCAUCCGUGCAUUGAAGGUGCACGGCGGCGGUCCAGAGAUCUCCGCCGGAGCCCCUCUCCCGGAAGCUUACCGAAGCGAAAAUGUGGACAUGCUCCGGGCUGGUUGCGUGAAUCUGAAGAAGCACAUCGCUAAUGCCAAGUCGUACGGAAUCCCGGUUGUGGUUGCGAUCAACAAAUUCGACACAGACACCGAGGCAGAGCUCAAGGUCAUUGAAGAGGAGGCCCUCGCUGCCGGUGCUGAGGCAGCUGUACCGGCGAAUCAUUGGGCUGAAGGCGGCGCGGGCGCGGUUGAUUUGGCAAAGGCGGUGAUUGAGGCUUCAUCCAAGCCCAAGGAUUUCAAACUGCUCUACGACCUCGAGGGCGGUGUCCAAGAGCGGAUCGAGAAGAUCGGCCGGGAAAUGUACGGCGCGGCAAAAGUCGAAUUCAGCGAGUUGGCUCAGCAAAAAGUCGACAUGUACACCAAACAAGGGUUCGGCAACUUACCCAUCUGCAUUGCGAAGACUCAGUAUUCUCUCAGCCACGAUCCGGCUUUGAAGGGUGCCCCGACCGGCUUCACGGUCCCGAUCCGCGAUGUCAGACUCGCCGUCGGAGCGGGAUACCUGUAUGCGCUGGCAGCUGAUAUCCAGACGAUCCCCGGUCUUCCCACAGCUCCGGGCUAUCUGAAUGUCGACGUGGACUUGGAGACAGGCGAGAUCGAUGGCCUGUUCUAG